GCGUGUGGCAGAGGGAGACUCGCCUCGGCUCGCGCGUACUCAUAUGUCACUUCUACUUUUAAGUGAUAGCAGCUGGGACUUGUGCUGUUUUCACCCUGCUGAUCAUCACAAGAGUUCGGUCACCUUUAGCAUCCAGAUUCCGCCCCUGUUUUCAACACUUCCGACGGAAUAUAUAAAUAUAUAUAAAACAACUUUGUUUUCUUACGGAUAAAAGUUUCAAUAAUGCCAGCUGAUUCUAUGGAGAAACAGACCGCGUCUCCGAUUGCUGGUGCUCCUGCAAACGGAACACACACCCCGGACAAACCAAAGAAUGCCAGUGAGCACAGAAAGUCUUCAAAGCCAAUCAUGGAGAAACGCCGUAGAGCAAGAAUCAACGAAAGCCUGGGCCAACUCAAGACCCUUAUCCUCGAUGCUCUUAAAAAAGAUAGUUCGAGACACUCUAAAUUGGAGAAGGCUGAUAUUCUUGAGAUGACAGUGAAGCACCUGAGGAACUUGCAGAGAGUUCAGAUAACUGCAGCCAUGUCAACUGACACCGCAGUCCUGAGUAAAUACCGCGCAGGAUUCAGCGAGUGCAUGAACGAGGUGACGCGCUUUCUGUCCACGUGUGAAGGCGUCAACACUGAGGUGCGCUCGCGGCUCCUGAACCACUUGUCCGGCUGUUUGGGACAGAUGAUGGCCUUGAAUUACCCUCCGGCUGCCCCAGCCCAGCAUCCUCACCUAACGCAGCCUUUGAACGUGCAACUUCCCUCCUCCGCAGUGAGCUCCAAGCUGAGCCCAUCUGAAGCGGUGCCGUCCAAGGUGUUCGGGGGAUUCCAGCUGGUGCCCGCCACUGACGGACAGUUCGCCUUUCUCAUCCCUAAUCCUGCUUUUGCCUCCGCUACGACCCCAGUCAUCCCUCUCUAUGCUAACGCUGGAGUUCCGGUGGCUGUCAGCGCGAGCCCUGUGCACGCGAGCUCGGCUCCUCCAGCGGUAUCCCCUGUCCAGGGCAUGACUUCAUUCGUCGGUGUUUCUCAAGCUGUGAGUCCGGUUGCUGUGAGCGCAAGUCCCGAGAGCAACGAGCCGGUGUGGCGGCCCUGGUAGACCUCCGUCCAUCAUGAAUAAUAGAAUGUCGAGUUCCGUUUUAUGGGACUGUUUAACACUUUUGUUGAACAUGUUGUUCGUUUUGAAAUGUUACCUGUUUCCAAUAUUUGGAACUGUUUGAUACAUAUGAUGUUAAACCCAUAGAAAAAACACUCAGAAGUACUUUUUAUUAAAUAAUUUAGUUUUGUACAAAGUUUGUAAAAGAUGCCAAAGUGUUACUGUCAUGUUUUCAUUUUGAAUGUUUGACGUUGAAUAAACAUUAAUAACAAAAACGUC